AUGUUUGAGCUUAAUGUACAGAUGUUUGUGGAUGAUGCUGUGAUCUUCACACAUGGAGAGGAAUUGGAGUUGGUAACUCAGUUCAAGUACCCUGGGGUUAUACUAGACUCGAACAUCUCUUUCAAAAAACACAAAAAAGGUGUGUCUGGUGCUGAUACAGCUGGAGUGCCAGUGUCAGUGACGGAGGGAGAUUCAAUUACUCUAAACACGGGUGUUGUGAAAACCCAACAAGACAGAAUUAGAUGGUAUUAUAAUGACAACCGCAUCGCUCAAAUCAGUGGAGAUCUCAGUAAGAUGUGUACAGAUGUUCAGUGUAAUGAAGGUAAUGGGAGAUUCAGAGACAGACUGAAGCUGGAUCAUCAGACUGGAUCUCUGACCAUCACGAACAUCAGAAACACAGACUCUGGAGUGUAUCAACUACUGAUCUUCAGCAUCAGCAGCAUCAGUGAAAAGAUCUUCAAUGUUUCUGUUACUGGUGUUUCUGCUGCUGAACAAGAUAAAAUGAAGACAAAAUCUGUGAAGCAGGGAGAAUCUGUCACUUUAGAUCCUGGUGUAAGAAACAAGCCAAAUGCUUUGAUGACAUGGUAUUUUAAGGACACUUUCAUCGCUCAAAUCACUGGAGAUCAGACUAAGAUCUGUACAGAUGUUCAGUGUGAAGAGAGAUUCAGAGACAGACUGAAGCUGGAUCAUCACACUGGAUCUCUGACCAUCACACACACCAGACCUGAAGACUCUGGAGAAUAUAAACUACAGAUCAGCAGAAGCAGCCGUCGUAAUCGCCGCAGCAUCAGCAGUGUAAAGAGCUUCGACGUUAUUGUCACUGUUCCAGGUUCAGGUCCGUCUUCUGCUGUUGUAGCAGGAGUAACUGUUGCUGUUCUGCUGGUGUGUGUAGCUUCAGCUGUUGGUGUGAUGUAUCUUCGCCACAGGAGCUCUAGAAAGGAAAGAUUACACACAGAUUGUGUGAUCUGAGAGGAUCCCAGCAGGAUCAGUGGGCA